AUGUCGACUACACGAUUGACCACUCUCUGCACGCGUGAACUGCGUGGAUUGCAGGUCUCCUGCCUUCGACGACCUUUUGUUCAACGCGCAUCUCUUUCGUUAGCGACAUCAGGAACCGCAAGCCACAAUGCUGCGUCAGGGGCAUCCCUCAAAUCACUGGACAGUGGAUUGAACUCCCGCCUCAUCAUCUCCCGUUCCAAUGGUCUUACUCGGAGUGUGUCAACUGGACCGGGCGCCGCCGCCGAAACCUAUGUUGCAUACGGAAUGACCCAGAGACUUUUUGAAGCUUGUUCAAACCAAGCGGACUAUAAAAUUCCUCAGGCUACUCAGAAGGGUGUAGAAGUCCCUCUUACCAAAUCUGGGGAACACCUAGGUACAAGUGAUAGCUGGUGGUAUAAAGGUUCGUACUCAAUCUUGGAGAUGGAACUCGGUCUCCAACCUACCUUCUCUACCUGGUCGCAAAUUACCUUCCUGCACAUGUAUCUCUUGACUGUUCGACUUCGUGCUCUUCCUACUCGCGACAGCGUUCAGACUUACUCCCGCCACCUGAUCGAUCAUUUCUCCCACAAUGCUGAACACCGUAUGGAUGUGUUGCACGAUAUCGCUAGUCGGUCUAUCCGCAACAAAUAUCUUAAGGAUCUCUUCAUCCAAUGGCGUGGUAUCAUCGCCGCAUACGAUGAGGGUUUAGUAAAGGGGGACGCAGUGCUGGGCGCUGCUGUUUGGAGAAAUCUGUGGAAGGCUGACUCCACGGGUCCUGAUGGAAAGGACAUUGAUUGGACUAAGGUUGCUUGGGUGGUGGCUUACAUGCGCCGCGUCUUGUCGGAGUUGUCGAAAAUGCAGGAGGCUGAUAUUGUGAUGGCCUUGAGCAAGGGCAGCUCCGCGGCGUCAGGGGUUUUUGGUCUUUCCCCUGUGGACAAGAGAAUGGCUGGAGUUGAUCGGUAG